GUUAGGUUAUGUUUAAGUUGCAACACGUGAUAGUGUUAUAAAGUUACUUUAGUUUGAAUAUCUGUUAGAUCUGUUUAUAGUGAUUCUGUGUUUAAUUUUUGUGUAAAGGGAGUAAAUCUUAAAAUCAGAAAAUGGCGAAAACACAUUCAACAACUAAGGCUCCUCGUAAGUUGGGAAUAAAUUAUUCCAACCAUAGCAUGAACCCUGAUAGAUCAAAGGACAAUUUAAAAGGAGUGGCAAGAGCCCGUACGAAAGGAACAAUAAAACGUCUUCAAAUGUAUCGUAAUUUUAAAGCCAAGAGAAAUAAGCAAGGUAAAGUUAUAUGUCCAGCGCCUUUUCAGGGUUGGGUUUCUUCUGGAACCCAGGCUAGGGUAGAACCCAAUAGGAAAUGGUUUGAUAAUUCUCGUGUUAUAAGUCAAGAUGCCCUCCAAAAAUUUCAGGAAGAAAUAGGAAAAGCUGUGAAGAAUCCUUAUGAUGUUAUUAUGAAGCCAACAAAAUUACCUAUCACCUUAUUAAAUGAAAAAUCAAAAUUUAACAGAGUCCAUCUAGUAGAUACUGAAAGUUUUGAAUCAACUUUUGGGAAAAAAAAGACUCGUAAGAGGCCUAAUUUGAAAAUUAAAGAUGAAUUGUCAUUUGCAGAACAAGUUAAAACAUGUGAAGAAACUUAUACAGAUAAGGGAGAUUUUGAUUUAGUGAAAGAAGAUUUAGGUGAAAGGACUGCUCAGCGUGAUUGGAUAAUGUCUGCUGGGCAAAGUAAGAGAAUUUGGAAUGAGCUUUACAAAGUUAUAGAUUCUUCUGAUGUUGUUCUAAUGGUUUUGGAUGCGAGAGACCCAAUGGGUACGAGAUCUAGAAAAGUUGAAGAGUUUUUAAGGAAAGAAAAACCUCACAAGCAUAUUAUAUUUGUCAUGAAUAAAGUAGAUCUUGUUCCAAUAUGGGUAACUCAUCGCUGGAUCAGUAUUUUAAGCGCUGAAUACCCGACAAUUGCUUUUCAUGCCUCUCUAACUCAUCCCUUUGGAAAAGGAGCUUUGAUUAAUAUUCUAAGACAGUUUGGAAAGUUGCAUUCAGACAGGAAACAAAUAAGUGUUGGGUUAGUAGGUUAUCCUAAUGUUGGAAAAAGCUCGUUAAUAAAUUCUCUGCGUUCAAAGAAAGUUUGCAACGUAGCACCUAUUGCUGGGGAAACCAAAGUAUGGCAGUAUGUUACUCUUAUGAGACGUAUCUAUCUUAUUGAUUGUCCUGGUGUUAUUCAUGCUUCAGGAGAUACCGAUACUGAUUCUGAUAAAGUCCUGAAAGGAAUUGUUCGGGUUGAACUAGUUCCAGACCCAGAUCAGUAUAUUCCUGCUGUGCUUGAAAAAGUAAAGCCCGAAUAUAUUAAGAGAACUUAUAACAUUGCUGAUUGGGAAGAUACUGAUGAUUUCUUGCUUAAAGUUGCAGAGAAAUAUGGAAAACUACUAAAAGGUGGUGAACCAGAUGUUAUUACUGUAUCAAAAAUGAUAUUAAAUGAUUGGCAAAGAGGUAAAAUACCUUAUUAUACACCUCCUCCUGGAUCUGAUAGAAUUGAUUUUAAUAAUAAAGAAGAGCCAAGUGAUUCAACUGUUACAGCUACUGAAGAAGCUAAAUCAAAGAAUGAACCUGAAGAAGUUAAGUCGAAGAAUGAACCUGAAGAAGUCAAAUCUAAGAAUGAACCUUUCAAUAUAGUUCAAGACUUUACUAAAAUUAGGGUUGUAUCUGAAUUCCCUGAGGAUGUAGAAUUAGAUAAACAAGUUCCUAGUGUUCCAGAAAUAAAACCCAAACUGAAGAGAAAGAAGCGAGCUAAGGAUGCAAGUAGCGAUGAAGAUGAUUUAUUUAGUGAAGAUGAAUUAGAGAAGGAAGAAAAAGAAAAGGCACGUUUGAUGACAGAUAUGACUAGCAAGGAAAGGAGAAAAUUGGCACGAAUGAAUAAAACAAGGAAAACUGGAAGUAACUUUUAUGAAUUCGCUAAUGUGAAAAAUCGCAACAGAGAACGAGUUGUUCCAAAAACUAAGAAAAAAUAGAUUUUUGAUGAGUUCAAGAAACUUAUUUCUGUUUAUUUCAUUGUUUCGAAUUCUUCAGAAUACCAAUUAAUUUUUACCUGUACAUAAACAUUGUAAAUAUUUCAUAGAAUGUACAUGUAUUAUUUUUAAUAAAAAAUAUGUUUUUUUA